AUAGUUGUCAUUCGCAUUGUUUUGACACUUGUGUGCCGGCUUUUUGGAGAGAUUUCAUCAAUUGUAUCAUAUUUUUUUUCCAUUUGUGGAAUAGUUUUUUCUAUUGCGUAUUUACUUCAUUCAGUGGAAAACUCAUAGAAACCGUACACUUUAUUCGUUGCAAUUGACAAAGGAGACCGUGGUCAGAUCGCUUCAAUGGCAAACAUGGCAAACAGUGGAUCGCCGUUGGUUCCCGAAUCGGCAAACAGUUUAUCGCCGUUGGUUCCCGAAUCGGCAACAAGCGCCAAUAUUUCCCAUAUUCGCCGUAGUCUUCGUCUUGUCUCCGACGUACAGUUGGCAUGUGGCUACUGCCCACAAAAAUUCUUGCUCCAAUGCAAUUUAAAGUUUCACGAAGCCCUUCAUCAAAUCAAACAACGUUUACGCGAAUCAACGCCGAUUUGCAAGUUAUGUAAGAAAAAAUUCAGCAACAAUCAGCGCCUGAAAAAUCAUCGUUGUACAUCGAAAGAAAAUCAGAAACCGUUUGAAUGCAGUGUGUGCCAUAAAAAGUUUACCAACAAACGCCUUCGCGACGUCCAUGAAGAAAAUCAUUUGGAUUUAUGGAAUUGCACUCAAUGUCCAGAGACAUUUGAAUGUGAAGGUGAUUUCUUGGAUCACGAACAAAUUCAUCUAUGGAUAGAAUCAGUCGAACCUCACCUUGACUGCAGCGAGUCAGAGUUGAUUUUUAAAAGUAUCGAAACCAGCUUUUUGGAUCUAUCGGAAAUUGAUGAUGAUUUUAAUAGUUCAAUUUGUACAGCGACCACUUCAUGCACAUAUGUUCCCGUUCUCAAUUUACGAAAUUUACUCGGUGAAUUGGAAGAGGAGAUGGAAGCCCGAUCGAGUGAUGAGUCUGAUGAUGGUCAAUGUGAUGACUGGAGCAAUAAUAGUGAGUUGACUAUGAGUGAAGAGGCAAACAUUAUGACAAUGCUUGAGAAUGAUGCACAAACAAAUGACAGUGAUAAUGAAUCGGUGGCCAAUGACGAAGCAAAUGAAAGUGGAAAUGAAGUCAGCCAUUUGUACGAUGAUGCCACAAGCAAGCACAGUGAUGCAAAUCAAAUUGAAGAGGAUUUUGAAGGCAUCGAUGCACUUAACAUGUCAUUAUAUCCAAUUGAAGAAGAAGUAACGACAAUUUCUUCAAUUGAUGAUUUGGUAGCUGAAACCCAACAUGAAGAGCCAAUUUACGAUCGGAUUAAUGAUUUGGUAGAUGAAGCCCACCAUGACGACCCAAUUCAAGAUCAAAUUGUCGCUGUUGUGAAUAACCCAAGUCCAAUGGAGGCUGUGUCAACACUUCCCGUUGAAAUAGUUCCCAAUGAUGAAGCGAUUGAAAAUCGUUGCGAUUUGACAUCCCAUAAAAACAACGAGUCAUUGGAACAUGAACACCAUAUUCACCAAAAUGCCACAGUUGUAGUCAAAUCAAUUGGAUCUGAUGUUAUGUCGAAUGUUUCAUUGGCAACACAACAAAUAAACGAAGUUGGAAGUGAAUCGCAAUCGAAACGAUAUUCAUUGAGACUGAACAGAACAAUAGCUUCUUCGCGCGACUAUAUCUAUUUAACGACAGCGCCAAUCCGAAGUGAUUUAGGCCUUGGAGCUGAUGUUAACAAAUCAAGAAGAGGAAAAUGCAGCCUUUGCGAUAUGACAUUUCAUGCGAAUCGCAAAAAAUUGGAACAUAAAUGUCUCGUUCUUCAGCCAAAAGUGGUGCUCAAACGUAUUGGAAACGAUGCCACUGCACCAGGGCAAAAGGUUAAUGAAAAUGGAAGUUCACAUGAUGUGAGCAAACAGAUUCACACUCCUGAUCAAGUUGUCACCAAAUCCAAAUCACCUCAGAUGAAUCGUCAGUGCAACGAGACCGAGUUGAAUGUGCCAGAAGUUGGGUUAGUGUUGGAUAAUGUGUUGGAGACAAUUUCGCCAUUGAAUGAUGUGAACGAGGACAUCCAAUCACAGAAUGACGUCGGAUCAAAUGAGAUUGAAUGUGCCACCGUUCAGGAGAAUGACACCGUUCAAAACGCACCAGUUCCAGAGGAAGCAACGGUAAUCACUGAAGCAACGGAAGCCACAAAGCCGACGACAAUCACUUCAAAGCCGUGUUCACUAUUAUCAACGUGGAACAUUCAACCGAAAUUUGACUGUUUCAAAUGCAAGCAACGAUUUGAUAGCAAACAAAGUCUGGAGCUUCAUCGGAAAGUUCAUUCCACUGAGAACGUAAACAUCGAAGCUCAUCCGAUUGAUGGUGCUCAAUACAAACAACCAACAGGUGCUAUCGAAUCAAAUUCAUCUGGUGAAGAGCUGAGUCAAGAAUGGGCCGUUGAGUUUAAAAAUUGGGCUUCAAGAAGAAAAAGUGACCGAAUGACCAAAACAACCAAUUCCAGUGAAGUGUCAAACAAAAGACAUGUCGAUCAAAACAAACGCACCAAGCUAAGUCCACCGAUCGAAGUAGAGGCAAGUGAUGAUACCAUUACAACCAUUGAUUUGAUGUCAGUUGAGCCAGAAUGCCAUGGAAAUGAAGUUGUCAUUAGUACAAACAAUUUCGAACAAUUGACUAAUGACAGAGAAUUGGCUGAAGUUGAUGCUGUCGAACCGGAGAUCGUAUCAGAAAGUGCCACCGUGAAGAAAAGUCCAAAGAGAGCAAUAGGACCUCGCCGAUCAAAACGAGAUUUUCGUAGGUCAUAUAUAAAGUGUGAUGAAUGUGAUGCAGAUUGCCCUACAUUAAAGCAAUAUGUAAAACAUAAUUCUCUAGAACACGGUAACCAGCGACCGCUCGAAAGUUGCUUCUACACCGAAAGGCUUAAAUUGGCGCGUCAGAAAGUUUCAAAUGAGCAUCUCAGUCAUAUCCAAACCAAAAAAGUUGCAGCGAAGGAAUCUUCUAAGAAACAAAGCGAAUCGAGUAUACCCAAACUUAAACUGGUAAGAACAGCUAAUAAAAACGAAUGGAGUGUUACGAAUAAAGUGUAAAAAAAAAGUUUUUGAGGCUCAUCUUGAGAAAAAAGACAACCUCAGAAUGGCACCGGAACUAAACCGAAUGUGAUGACUAAGUUUUGUAUAAAAUGUUUUUGUUUUAGAGAAUUGCACAAAUAUGGAGAAUUUAUUGAUUUGUAACAUUUGGUAAUUCUCAAUUUUUAUCCAUUUAUUUGAAGAAGAAAAAAAAGGUCUAGUUUAUAAGUCUAUUUAUUUCAAUGAACACUUUUUGACUAAGUCAAUGAAAAAUUUGAUCAUCAUCAUCAUGCUGCAAUGCAUUCUGUUUGAGUUGUGUUGGAAAAUUGUGAAAAUUGUGAAUUUUUUCCCAAAAAUAACCAUGAAUAUGUGCCAAAAACCAGUUAAGAAAUUAUUUAUAUACGAAUUAUUUUAUAUAAAACGAAAUACAUGGCCGUUGACCAAUAAAACGAAAACUGAAUCAGCUAGAAAGAGAAAUUGAAUAAAAAUGUAACAAAUUUGUCUUCAGUCAAAAUUAUAGACCUUUGAACGAAUUAAAUCCGUCGGAAAUUUGCGAAAAUAAAUACUGAAAGUUGCCUAAUGAUGCCUUACAAAAAUCGGUGAAGGUACGUCUAUAAAAAAAGGUUAAAAUAAAAACUAAAUAUUCAAAAGUAUGAAUUAUCUGACAAA